AUGUCGACACCUAUUAUAAUCGGCGCCGUAGUUACUGCUGUAGCCUUGGCUGGUAGGUUGGCACUCAAAGCUGCACAAAGUUCUAAACCGAUAGGUUCAAAAACUGUAUUUAGUAGUUCGUUGUCCAAGAAACGGCCAAUAGGAGGGUUUGACCGUAAGAUUACUAGGCAGGAAGCAAUACAGAUCUUAGGUUUACGAGAAUCUGGUAUAAAUAAAGCCAAAAUUAAAGAAGCACAUCGCCGAAUUAUGCUUCUUAACCAUCCCGAUCGUGGAGGAUCACCUUACUUGGCAAGUAAAAUUAACGAAGCUAAAGAUUUCCUCGAUAAAUCUGUACGAUCAUAG